CCAAAUAGAGGAGGGUGAAAGUCCAAGGACAGCAGCAAGCCCACCGAAACAGUAACACUGUCCAUAUUAUUUCAGCUUUAGGCCAAGUAAUAAUGGAGAUUCCCGUGUAUACGCUGGAUGCCUUCACAAAUUUACCAUUCAAAGGAAAUCCUGCGGCUGUCUGUCCACUCUUGCAUGAGCUGAACGAGGAUUUGUAUCAUAAGAUUGCAGCAGAGAUGAACCUGUCAGAGACAGCUUUCAUCACCCUGAUCAACCCUGCAGAUACGUUCACUUCUGGAAAAAGAUUUCGACUCAGGUGGUUCACACCAACAACUGAAGUGGAUCUGUGCGGUCAUGCCACGCUGGCCUCUGCAGCAGUGCUGUUCCAGUACAAAAAUAAUGUUAAUCCAACAUUGGUCUUUGAGACCAGAAGUGGAGCUCUAGCUGUGAGCAAGAAAAAGGAAGGAUACAUUAUGGACUUUCCUCUGAACCCACCCACCAAGGAGGAUCACAAUGACUUUAAAGAUAUCAUAGAGGCGAUAGUAGGAAACCACCCAAUUCAGGAAGUCUGCUUGAGCCGGGACACAAAGAAGCUGAUGAUUCGAUUGCCGGACGGCUGUGAAAGGUCACUGCUCACCAGUCUGAAAGUUGACCCCGUUGCUCUCCUGAACAGCGACUCUAGUGGCAGAGUCAGAGGAGUGAUCGUCACCAUGAAAGGGUCCCCUGACUGUAAGCCAGGAUAUGACUUCUACUCCAGGUACUUUGCUCCGUGGUGCGGCAUCCCAGAAGAUCCUGUCUGCGGGUCUGCCCACACCGUCCUGGGUGGCUACUGGUCAAAAAAACUGGGAAAAAAGAAAAUGCUCGCUUACCAGUGCUCAAGUCGUGGAGGGGAGCUGGAACUGGAAGUGAGAGACGAUGGAAGGAUCAACAUAGCUGGAGAGGUCACCGCCGUACUGCAGGGAGUCAUCAGACUGUAGAGACACGAGAAGGAAGUCAAACCGUCAAAAAGUUUUUAAAUCAUUUAAUAACCAGCCACAUUGAUUAGUUCUCAUUACACCUCAGUUUGAUGUAGAAGUCAACAUGAUUCAAUAAUCUGUAUUAAUGUAGGUAAAUCAUCAGUUUUUAAUCAGCCCCAUAAUCAAUCAAAAAUUGUCAUGUUCCUAUUUGACAAUUUUAAUAAACAUUUAAAGAACUGUU